CCUCAUCACAAGUAUUGCCUAAACCAACCACGACUUUCAUUAUCCUCUCUCCUUCUGCCCUUCUCCUUAGCCCCUUGGCAACCUCUCCCCCAGCCAACACACACCAACUAACAGUGCGUUAUUCAACAUGGAAGACCCAUUCAGCCAGUACAUCCAAAUAACAGAGCAAGAUCGACGGCAUCGAGCCCCCCCUCCCCCCUCCCCCUUACCAACUAGCCCCAAAAAGCAAACGCUAACAGCCUCGGCAGCCUCAACACCCCGAUCAUCACCAUCUCGCUCCGCGCCGCAGACCCCCAAUAUGUCCUUGACCCCACUACUCUGGGCUUUCGCAUACACGCUCACUGGACCUCAUACCAAGAGAGCAGCGGCGAAGGGCAAGACCAAACCUGUAUCCUAGACUGGACCGGCGUGGAGGCGGGGUUCCUCUUAUUCCGGCUCCUGCCAAGGGGGAAUUAUGAGCCAGUGACUUUCGAGCAGAAUGACUCGAACACCAAGUCCCCGC